AUGUCGACGUCGACUCCAACGCCCCACUGGCUCCGCGCGCGCGCCGAGGCGGCGGUGGCGUCCAUGGUGGUCGUCCGCCCCCACGAGAUCGCCCCGCUGAUGAGCGCCGCGUCCACCUUCUUCUUCAUCCUGAGCGCCUACUUCGUGGUGCUGCCGCUGCGGGACGAAGGGGCCAUCUCGCUGGGCCUCGGCGCCCUCCCGGGCCUCUUCGUCGGCUCGCUCCUGCUCACCGUCCUCGCCGCCCCCGUCGCCUCCCUCGUCUUCUCCCUCCCCUCCAUCCCCAAGACCAAGGCUUUGGUUUUGAUACACAGGUUCUUCAGCGUAUCCCUUCUUGUAUUUUUUGUGCUUUGGUUUGCCUCGAAGCAUGGCUCCGCGUCUAUCUCCCAGUCAACUGAAGAUAGUUCAGAUAAACCUGCCGCGUGGGGAAACCACAGCUGGUUCUACAUAGUUGUGAGAAUAAGCUUCUUCCUUUGGGUUGCUUUGCUUAAUCUCAUUACAAUAUCAUCCACUUGGGCAAGGGUAAUUGAUGUCAUGGACAGUGAGUCAGGUUCAAGAUUGUUUGGUUUUAUUGGGGCUGGUGCUACGCUAGGGCAACUCGUUGGUUCUUUGUUUGCUGCAAGCUUGGCAUGGAUGGGACCCUUUCUGCUCCUGUUUUCCUCCAUCUUGAUGGAACUUGCUGCUCUGUCAUCAAAAGGAAUUUGUGCCGAUGCUAAUCAUGAUUCAACAGAACUGCCAUCAAUAGGAACAGAACAAAGUCCAAAUACCGAGCUUGGUGAUGAAAUAUCUUCACUGGUCACUUCACCUAUAACAGCUUCCAAUUCUCAAAAGACCAAACCUGGGAUUCUUGUGAUGUUUGAAGGUUUCUGGCUCAUCAUGCGAUCGCCCUACCUGAUAUACAUAUCUCUGUUUCUGUGGAUGAGUGCAGUUGUCUCAUCCUUCUUUUACUUCCAGAAAGUAACAAUAGUUGCUACUACAAUAUCAAGUCCAGCUGCAAGAAGGAGAACAUUUGCACUGAUAAACAGCUUUAUAGCAGUUUUUAUUCUUGCCGGGCAGCUCACUUUGACGGGUCAUAUCCUUACAAUAGCUGGCGUAACAGUUGCUAUUUGUGCAUCUCCACUCAUUGCUGCAUCAAAUAUGGUUGCCCUUGCUGUAUGGCCAACUUGGGUUGCUGUGGCUGUCACUGAAACUAUUCGAAAGGUAACUGCUUAUGUUGUGACAAGACCUGGAAGGGAGUUAUUAUUCACAGUUGUCUCACAAGAUGAAAAGUACAAAGCAAAGGUAUGUAUAGAUGUUAUUGUUCAACGGCUUGGUGAUGCGACAGCUGCCGGAAUUUACAGGUUUCUGUUCAGCAGCUUUGAGAAGAAAACAUCCAUGGUCAACCUCUAUGGAUUGCCGCUCUGCUUCCUCUGGCUUCUCACUGCAUUUCAUUUGGGACGGCUCCAGACAAAUCUUGCCAAGCUUCAGGCAGCUUCUCAACCAUCCUAGUUCCAAACAGUAACAGGAUAUUGACUCAAUACAAUUGGAGUGCUUCCAGAAUGCAGAACACGGCAUGUUGAGAAGUUGGGUAGCCAUCCGCUGACCCGCGUUGAUUCUUCUGCACAUUUUUUAGGAAACUGCAAAUUGGGUGAGCCCUUUGAGUUAAUACAGGAUAUAGUUACAGGAGGGAGUCUGAUAGAGGAGGACAUAAAUAGUAAACCAGCAUAGAGUAGAAGUAUACACGAUUUUUGUAUCUGCUUUUAGUUCACCUGUUCAUGGUGGGAAAUUGUGUCAUGCAAACUGUAAGCUUGUCGUUGUUUACACGAAAAGUAGGGCUGGUUCUGUUGGGCAUUAUUUAUGCUCUGCUGUGUAAAAACUCUGUAUUACCAAAUACCACACCCAUAUAUUGACAUAUCAUUUGCAGAGA